UCGGCUGCAGUCCGAUAGGUCACUAGUUCGAUCCUGGUUGCCUCCUGGAGUGAAAAGAUUUUUUUUGCGGAAUGGCCAUGGAACUUGUCGUGCUUCUAGUGGGCGAUGAAGAGAUUUUCAGAUUUUGCAGGCAUUGGCAUUCGAGGAUGAACUUGUUCGUUCUUGAUGGAAUGGAAGUGGACGAAGGCGGUAGCUCACAAACUCACCCCCAAGGAAAAAUUCCAUCUAAGCUGGAAGAGGAGCAACAACAAUGACGAUGCAGCCCAGGAUCCAGCACAGCAACACCAACUCAAGCUCCAGGGAGAAUUCCAUCGCUGCCUACGAAGAACUCAAGCAGCGGGGUGUGAGACCGAGCAUCGGGGUGGUGCUGGAAGCUCUCAAGCAAUGCAAGAACAGCAGGGACAUAGAAACCGGCAGAAGAAUUCACAGGGACGCCCUCGUCACCGGCGACUACUCCAACAUCUUCGUGAGGAACGUCUUGAGCGACAUGUAUUGCAAGUGUGGGAGCCUGCCGGAUGCUCGUCAAGUCUUCGAGAGCAUGGAGUACCGCGACGUGGUGUCCUGGAACUCCAUCAUCCUUGGCUACGCCCAAGCCGGAGACUCCAGCACCGCUCUAAAGCUCUUCUCGCGGAUGCAGAACGAGGCCACUUGCAAGCCAAACUCGGUCACGCUUCUCGCCGCUCUGAAGGCCUGCUCGAAGCUGGCGGAGCGAGCACAGCACGAAUGCUUAGACAAAGUGAGAUCGAUCCACUCGGUCGCUCUCCAUCGGAUCGAGAAAAAGAAAGAGGAGAACGAGCUGGAGCUCUUUCUCGCCAGCAACUUGGUCCAUAUGUAUGCUAGAUGCGGCAGUAUGGUGGAAGCUCGCGGCGUGUUUGACAGCAUGAAGAGACACGACGUGGUUUCCUGGACAGCGAUCAUCCUGGGAUACGCUCACGCCGGCAACGCAAAGUUGGCUCUGGAGUUUUUCGAGCUCAUGCAAGCUCGGGGCUUUCUCCCGGAUCGUGUCACGGUUCUCGCUGCGCUCAAGGCCUGCGCUGUUCUAGCUGAGAAGGAGGAAGCCAGGCUGCUGGGUGGAAGAUUUGUCAAGCUCGAGUGCCUGGAACGGGGACGAGCUCUCCACCUGCAGAUCACUCGAGCUCAUGGAAUGGAUUGGAAAGACACGGUCUUGGCGACUGCGCUGGUGGACAUGUACGCCAAGUGUGGCAGCCUGGUGGAAGCUCGAGAGGUCUUCGAUGGAAUGAAGCAGCACGACGUGGUUUCGUGGACUGCGAUGAUAUCCGGCUACGCUCAAGGUGGCGAUGGCGAGCUGGCUCUCGGGUUCUUCUCCCGGAUGAAGGAGCACGGCUGCGUUCCAGAUGCCGUCACCUUUGUGGCUGCGCUGCAAGCCUGUGGAAGCCUGGCGGCGCUGGAGAGUGGAAGAGAGAUCGAGGCUCAAGUCAGGGGUGCUGGACUGGAAACCAAUCUCGUCGUCGCGAAUGCGCUGGUCGAUUUCUACGGGAAGUGUGGCUGCAUGGAGGACGCUCGGGAGGUGUUUGAGCUAAUCCGGCGAAAGGAUCUGGUAUCGUGGAGCUCACUCGUGACGGGAUACAGCAGCCAGGGCGACACAAGAAGCGUGUUUGAGCUCCUCGAGAGGAUGGAGAGGGAGGAGAGACACUUGCAGCCGGACGAGAUCAUGCUCCUGUCGAUCCUCACGGCUUGCAACCACGCGGGUCUCGUCGAGCAAGGCAAGAGAUACUUCUCGUCUCUACGAUCGCCGACUGUUCAGCACUACACCUGCAUGAUCGAUCUCCUCGGACGAGCGAACCAUCUCGACAGUGCUGUGGCGUUGCUGCGAUCCAUGCCUUUUCCUCCCAACGAAGUCACCUGGACAACACUGCUGAGCUCCGCUCGAAAGUGGAAGAACGUCGGAGUUGGACGCAUGGCCUUCGAGGCCCUCGUGAAGCUGGACGAUACAAACUCCUCAGCCUACAUUCUCAUGUCGAGCAUCUACGCAAGCGUCGGCAACUGGGACGAGGCCGCCAGAGUCCGAGCUUUGAGGAUCAAAGCCGGGGCCUGGAAGAGGGAGCCCGGAUUGAGCUCCUGGACUGACAGCUCCACUGGAAGAGUACACAAGUUCUCGGCCGGGGACGCCAAGCACCAUCCACAGGGCGAAGAGAUCCACUUCAAGCUCGAUCAUCUCUUGUCCAGGAUGAAGCUCCAGGCCGGUUAUGUUCCCCGCCUCUCGAGCGUUCUAGCAAACGUGCCCGACGAGGAGAAGGAGUGGGCUCUUUGCGGGCACAGCGAGAAGCUGGCCAUAGCCUGUGCUCUCGUCAACUCAGCUCCAGGGACGGCCAUUCGCAUUGUCAAGAACCUGCGGGUGUGUGAUGACUGUCAUGAGGCUACUGCUUUGAUCUCCAGGCUCGAGGGGAGGACCAUCGUUUGCAGGGAUGCUGUUCGUUUCCACAGGUUCGUGGAUGGAAGUUGCUCGUGUGGAGGCUUCUGGUGAUAUUGAAUCUUAUUUCCUUGUUUUUAGAAUACACAUGCUAUUAUCUUUGAACAAAAUCCUUAAUACGAUAGUCCAAUUAAUUAAA